AUGGAGCAAUCAUCAUAUCAUCAGUCCCAGGCCGCCCUGGCCGGCUUUUUCGAUUCAAUGCAGCAGGAUUCAACCAUGUCCGCCUAUUCGCUAUUCGGCUCAGCUCAGUAUCCCGAAAACAUUGCGCUAUGGCACGAUCCCUCCGCCGCGCCGCCGGCCAUGACUGUGCCCGCGCCAUCAUACCCGAAGCAAUCGACCUUGCUCCAACCUCUCCCGGAUCCAAAGAAACACAAACGAACCCGGAGCGGUUGCUUCACCUGCCGCUCCCGUCGGAUCAAAUGCGAUGAGUCUCGCCCUGUCUGCGAGCGUUGCCGCAAGGGAAGUCGGGAUUGCGUCUACCCAUCCCCCACAUCCGGACCGUCCAAGGGUGGCGCCCGCUCAUCCACCAAAUCGCGUGGUACACGCCCUCCCUCGCAAGGAAGUGACUCAUCAGGUCGACUGGAAUUCGAUGAGAUCAGUCCUCUGGAGCCGAUCAUUGAUGAGGAAGAACCCGACAAUCCCGGGCUAGGUUCUCGGUCGCCCACCAGUCCCAGCACAUCUCGACCCGACCUACACAGAACGCAGAGUGCACAAUCACUUCGAAAACCAAGUUUGAAACAGGCCUCCGAGCCCGGGUCGUUCAAUAUGGACCCGGGCAGCUCCCCUUCUACCGAGUCCUCAUCACGCUUCGAGUCGGUGAGCGUGCGGUCGGCCAGCGUCUCUCAGUCCACGACAGAUAUGCUCAAUGCAGCCCGACUUCCAGACGAUUUGAGAUUCUACCUGAAUUUUCACCAGGAAUUUAUCACACCCGGUCAUUUUUUCUUGAGACAACCCAGCCGGGCUUUUAUUCAACACAACAUCAUCGAACUUGCCCUGCAAUAUAAGCCUUUGCUAUAUGCCCUUGUAGGCUUUGCUGCAUAUCAUCACACCUUGCAUAGCCCGGGAGGGAAGCUGUUUACAUUCCUCAAAUAUUACAAUAAAGCCCUUGUUCUCUUGCGGAAAUCACUUGGCUCUGGCGAGGAACAUAACGAGGCAACCUUGUGUACAGUUCUUGUCUUGACCACUUUUGAGGAAUACACUGGUGAUUGGGUUAACUUGAUCGAUCAUCACCAAGCCGCCCACGCAUUGAUGCGGGAACUGUUGACGCCGGACUCGUCCAAUCUAAACGAAUUACAUACAAACAUCUUUCUCUGGUACGCGCGCUUCGAUGUCGUUGCGGGGAUUCUGGCCGGCACAGAGGCGAUUCUCAGUCGAGAUUGGUACCUCGCCAAAGAACAGUUCGACGCAGAGCAAGCGGCUCUCGACCCCGAUGACGCACUCAAGCAGCUCUCGCUGGUCGCAUCGAUUAACCGCAGGUUUGGUUUAGACAUGGCUUCCCUAUAUGCCAAACUGUCUCGUGGCAUGAUUCCUUUCGAAGAUUUUGCCGUGCAGAACGAGCAGCUCGGGCAGACGAUUGAACGGGCAAAAAACAUUAUGAGAGCAUUCGACGACAGUGAAUACACCGUACGCUCGUAUCCGAAUAAAGUGCCAUUAACCGAAGAUGAUAUUGUGGAUCCCUUUGUGACAGGCCGGAUCCACGAAGGAGCCCUGUGGGAUGCGAAUUACAUCUGGAUUGACCUCCUCUCGACUGAACUGAUGUAUAAAUAUCAGACAAUGCUUGCAUUGAGACAGCCCCUACUGCCGGACCUAACAAAGUUGGCCUGGGAACAAGCCCAGUUGAUGGAAACCAUCGACCGAUGGCCAGAGAAAGAAAACGGGGCUUGCAUCGGGUUCAAGAACAGCAUAGGGCUCACGAGCAUGUUCCUCCCCAGAGACGUCAAAAAUCAGAUGUGGUGUCGGCGCAGGAUUGCCCAGAUGGAACAGACUGGGUACAUAAUGCAACCUAAAUUCCGCGAAGUCCUCUCCACCCUCUGGCAACUACCCGAGCUCAUGCACUGGUGGCUUCCCAACGACGAAGGCUACCCAGAUCUGAUCCGCGAAGUCCGUGCCAUGACCGAUGAUCGCCUAGAGCAGCCUCGCGAUGACUUCCGCUCUAAUGUACGCGACAUGAAAUCCAUGUUCUGGAAACUGAAUGUCAACGACGAGGGAGAUGAGCUGAGCCCUGGAAGCAGCCAUGAUAGCAGCCACGGUGGCUUCUCCUGA